AUGGGGACGCAUCUAUGCGAGAAUCAUGCCCUGGAGCUUGUGGAUGGCUCCCGCCUUCCUUCGUGUAUACGAUCGGCAGUGCAGAUCGCCCUGGCACGAGGUUCAGAUUACGAUCUUCGAACUCCAGCCGACGCUACGGAAUUUCUUGCCGACUCAGAACGAGCCUACACCGACAUUACACCUCAGGAGUCCCAGUUCCUUCGCGACUUUCGCGACUCGAACGACGUUUACCUCACAGACACGGAGAAUGUAGGACCGCUCCUUAUCCAAGCUGCAGUUAUUGAUGCAAACCGAAAUGUCGUAUUUUCAGGCUACAUUAAUCACGGUUGCAAUACGGUUGAGGAAAUCUGGACUCUAGCUGCGGAGCUCUGCGGUGGAAAGUUGUCGCAAAGACAAGCGCUCGGUUUGCGCAAGGCCUUCGGGUCGCCAUCCCUGAAGCGACCAGUUGGCCAUGACAUGGCAUGGCUGGCAAAUCAGUGGCGGCAACUGAAGGAAUCGGCCCCUUCAAUGAAGGUAGCAGAGUGGUCGCUGACAUCAUAUGACCGAUCCUGCUACUAUAGCGCCUUGUCCCGGGCAGGCUUCAAUCCACAAGAAAUUCUGCCCUCCUCAUCGAACUGGGUGUUGCCUCUCGUAUGGAUGAGAGCUUCUGGGCCCAGCCUGCCCGGAUACACUCUAGGAUACACCUGUGCGUUGUUCGCGCCAUCACAUCUAGUCUGGAGUUGGCAUGACGCUGUUGCCGACACGCUCAUGCUUUUUGAUAUUUUGACAACGCGUCAAAUGAAGCUGUUUGAAGGCAAAGUCGAACUCCCGCCAGCCGAUCCCUCUAUUUGCCAGCUGUUCAUAGCCGGGGAGAACAAUCAAGUGUCCACAUCGACCCGCACCCGUAUAUGGCUAGCAGAUGAAGACCGGAAAUGUUAUGACCGGCUCGAAGAAGUUCUACAAGAGAACCCCUACGCCACAAGAAGAAGUAUCCUCAGCGCCAAAAACACUUGGCCGAAAGCGUAG